UUCAGACCGCAAGAGCAACAGUACUGAAAUGAUCAAACAUCUUCAUGCAUCAUAGAUAUGCAAGACAUCAGGAUUCCUGAAGAAGUUGAAAGUUUUAGGCCUGGAUUUUAGCGAACAUUGAUAAUCUUAUUGUUCCUGCCUUCAUCCUCAGUCCAUAAUGAACAUCAGCACAUUCCCUCUGAAUCUCACCAAUUCAACAAAUGUGACAGAUGUACCUGUCAUCGGUGCUCCCUCGUGGACAAUGGCCAUGAUGACACUGAUAACAGUCCCGCUGUCUAUCAUCACAGUCAUCGGCAACAUCCUGGUCAUGAUCUCAUUUCGGAUCAACCCGCUCUUGAGGACAGUAAGUAACUACUUCCUCUUGAGCUUAGCUGUGGCUGAUUUGACUUUGGGCGCUAUAUCCAUGAAUCUCUACACUACCUACAUCGUGAUUGGCCGCUGGACUUUAGGAAACCUGACCUGUGACAUCUGGUUGGCCGUGGAUUAUGUGGCAAGCAAUGCUUCUGUUAUGAACCUGCUGGCCAUUAGCGUUGACCGCUACCUUUCUGUCACAAGACCUCUGACCUAUCUGGCCACAAGAACUCCCAGAAGAGCCAUAGUGUUGAUUACCCUGGCAUGGACCGUGUCGUUUGUGAUUUGGGCACCAGCCAUUCUGUUCUGGCAGUAUAUAGUGGGUGAAAGGACCGUUCCAGAAAAUGAGUGCUCGGUGCAGUUUUUAUCUCAACCUGUGAUCACAUUUGGAACGGCCAUCGCUGCGUUUUACCUGCCAGUGAGUGUGAUGGUUGCGCUGUACUGGAAAGUGUUUCAGGUGACAGAAAAACGCUCAAAACAGCUGGCUGGACUGACAGGAGCACAGAGGAAAGACACGGGAAAAUCAUCACAGAGAUGUCGUUGUGCUGAUUCCAGCUGUGGAGAUGAUGUCGGAGACCAGAAGCAGAACAGCAGGAGAACCAUCUGUCCCACCAUCACCCAGAGAACAGCAGCAUGGUGGAAAAAAAGAGAAAGAGUCAAUACACCCAACUCGGAACAACAAGACCAAGGAACGGAUCAACAAGAUGACAAACGCAUUCCACUUGUUCAAAUAAAAAACAAUAACAUUCCUGCCAGCCCAAAUACAAGCAAUGCUACGUCCACACAACCCCGCCCUCUUAAAGUGAAUGCGGGUGCCCAGUGUCGAAAAGCUCGAAGCUCAUCGGUGAUGAAGGAGAACAAAGCGGCCCGGACCCUCAGUGCCAUCCUCCUGGCUUUCAUUGCGACAUGGACACCCUAUAACAUCAUGGUUCUGGUGUCGACUUUCUGUGAUAACUGUAUUCCUGAGGGACUGUGGCACCUGGGUUACUGGUUAUGCUACGUUAACAGCACGGUCAACCCCCUGUGCUACGCACUGUGCAACAAGAACUUCCGGGACACGUUCAAGGCCCUUCUGCUCUGUAGGUGGAAAGAGCAUAAAAAGGGAAUAAGAUGGAGUCCAACAGGAAAUGCUUGAAAUAUUCAAACAGCUGAAUUAUUGAUAAAUGAAAUGAGAGGUUUAGCACCUGAAUUAGUCUUUUAUAAGGUCAAAGGGUGUGUCGAUUAUUCAAGAUCUAAAAGAUGCACCAAAUGUAUCUUAGGUUGAGCUUGUCUAUGCUUUGUGAAGAUUAAAGUAUUCAGGUUUUAAGAUUUCUCAGCAAAAUUGAGAGUUACAAAUGUAGCACAGAAAAUAAAAUUCAAAAAAUGGUCCCGAGCGGUCACUGGGUCACCAUUUAGGUACAGAUAUGUAUACAUUUGUUAUGAAUAUGUACCUUUAAGGUACUUAUAUUCCAAUAAUAUGUAACUCUGAGGUACUAACAUGACCUAUUUGGUGCAAAGGUGCCACCACAGGGACAACGGGAUAUUUUUUUCUGACAGUGCACAGGUAUACUGGAUCAAGGAUAAAAAAUUUAUUUACAAACAUAGUUUUGUAGUCAACCAGAAGUUUUAAGCUGUGAUAUACAUUAAUCCAUUUCAAAUAGUUUUUUAACUUGUUGUAUAACUACUAUAAAGCAGUUUUAGCAUUGAAUAUUUGUAUUUUAGAUUUUUUUAUUUUUAUAAUUUGAUACUUUUUUCUUGCAUUAAUGACAGCAUGCACUUGGACUGGCAUGGACUCGACAAAAUGUAGUGCACAACAUAAUGGAUCUUAUAUUUUCAUUAACUUUUACAUCUUUUAGGGGCAUUGUCCUGUAGAUGCGUUUAGCCUGGUCCCAGACUAAAAUGCAUGUUUGAGCUGUCUUACCGAAAGAUAUGUUUGUAAAAACAACAUUUAUGUCCUAAUAAGGCCUAGUCUUGAAGUAAUCCUUUUCAGGAAGCCACCCUAUAGAGCAGUGGUUCUUAAACUGGGCCCCCAAAAGAUUGUGCCAGGGGCCCCCAGUUUUAUGACAUUUUACAAAAUACAUUAUUUAACCAUGAAUUCUGUGUAAUUCAACUUAAAAAAAUAAAUAAGGCUACUAACCUACAGCACUACAUUGUAUAAUUUGAGAUAUUUUGUUUAUUUCAAAUUUUAUGUUU